UUAGGAUAUGGAAACUGAUCAGAAACUGCAAACUCUAUAUCGCUGCAAAAGAUGCCGCAGGAUUGUUGCGGCUCAAGAGAAUGUGAUUCUUCACAAGCAGGGCGAGGGUGAACGAUGCUUCAAAUGGAAGAAAAGAGGUGCCCCCCUGGACGUUGACAAGAAACCCGAAUGCUCCUCAAUAUUUGUGGAGCCCAUGAAGUGGAUGCAUGCAGUACAAGAAGGCCAUGUUGAAGAGAAACUUUGGUGCUUGGGCUGCAAGGCCCGUUUGGGUUCAUUCAACUGGGCAGGCAUGCAAUGCAGCUGUGGAGCUUGGGUGAAUCCAGCAUUUCAGCUGCACAAGAGUCGGAUUGAUGAGUCCACUGCAUAAAGUGUCUGUAGGCAUGACAAUGUAUGGCAAGUUGGAAACCUGAGUAUCGAGAAUUCAGCUGAAUUUUCGAUGGCUCGCAAUGGUGCCAUCAGAAGAAAUAUUACAUUUAUGGCUUGAACUGAGUAUUAUGAUUUUACUUAUCUAGUGAUUUCUUUGAAAAAAACA